CAGUGCCAAAAACAGACGGCAGUGGUGGAGGACGAUGACGAUGACGAUGCAGAUGAUGUUGUGUUGGCUGGUGGUGCUGCUGUCAGCACCUGUUGCGACAGCGACAGCAGGGGCCGCUGCUGCUGGGGAUGAGCGCACGCUGCUGUUGACACAAGUGCUCUUCAGGCACGGCGAUAGGUCGCAGAUUGCUUCCAUUCCACUGUAUGAGGACACAGAGAGCACAGACUGGCCCAUGGGUCUGGGACAGUUGACCCAGCGUGGGCGGGAGAUGCAUUUUCACCUCGGUCGCUUCUUUCAACAGCACUACAAAGACGCCAUUAGCACCUAUCAUCCAUCAACCGUACGCGUGCGAAGCACGGAUUACGAGCGAACGCUUGAGUCUGCGCAGGCGCUGAUGAGCGGGUGGUUCUGCGACGAAGACACCACCAACGCGUCCCCAACGUGCCUCUGCCGCACAUUCCCCAUCCACACCGUGCCCGUGGAGGACGACAACCUGCUGCUUGGCUCCAGUCGGGACCACUGUGAGCACCUCCAGUACCUGUAUAGAGAGCUGGAUCCAGUCUUUGCUGAUAAGGCCGCCGAGCCCGUUCCCGACGCCCUCUGCAAGAACUUGAACAAGCUGAAGAAGGACACACCAGCGCCGCCACAACCCAAGCCACAGCCUGAUCCCUCCUGUAACGUCACCGUCUCUGGCACGUGCACGUAUGGAGAUGUGCUGGAGCACUUGACGACGCUCGUCGGUGCACCCACGCCGCUCUCUCCACGGAAUGUGUGGACGAUCUCGGACACGAACCUGUGCCGUCUGCACCACAACUUGACCGUGGGCGCGCACGUGUAUGUGUCGGAUGGCUGCGAUGGCAUCCUCCAGGACUACCUGCAGCGACUGGAGAACUGGGAUAUGUUCAUCGCAUUCACGGGAGAGGAGCGAGCCCGUCUCAGCGGCGGUUUGCUGCUGAAGGAAAUGCGGAAUGAGAUGCAAGACACCAUUGAUGGGUCAUCCAAAUACAAGGCGCUGUUGUAUUCCGCGCACGACACGACGGUGGCCGCCUUCCUGCAAGCACUCAACGUCUCCCACCCAAAGCUGUCGCCGCCGUACGCUGCCUCCAUCCGCAUGGAGUUGUACAGUGCGGGCGAGGGCAAGUACGAGGUGGACGUGCUGUACAAGAUGCGGCCAGAGGACAACGCAGACACUGGAAUCCGCCUUGUCAUCCCAGGCUGCCCCAAGGACAAGCCUUGCCCAUUCGACACGUUUGUUGCUGCAACGGAGAAGCUUGUUCCCAGCAACUGGCAUCCAGACUGCAGCGUGCCAACCCUUGCCAGCAAAGUGCUGAGCCCUGGUGGCAUUGCUGCUGUCAUUACCGCAUGCGUCAUUGUCAUGAUAAUCAUCGUCUGGGUGUACCGCCGCAGAAUACGGCACGGGUCAAGCAUCGUGUAUCGCCGGGCAGCGCUGGCGGCGCCAACAAGCGUGCUGCAGGGGCUUGGUGACCGCCGCUCGCACCUGCACGCGAACCUCGACGACAGCGAUGCUGGUGCUGGCGAUGAUGACGACGAUGAGGAAGAGGACGUGGUCUUCCCAACGUCCCUCGCCAACAUGCGGCUCAAGGCACGCAAGGUUCAACAAGCUUAACAGACACCACACAUGCGCGUGUGCAUGUGCAUGUGCGUGUGCGUGUGGGUAGAGAAUACAAGAGGAGAAUUAAAUUGGAGUGGCAGUCGC